AUGGACGCGGCGGCGAGGGGCGACGGCGGGGAGGCGGUGAGGCGGGCGGUCGCGGAGAGCCCCGUGCUGGUGGUGGGGAGGCGCGGGUGCUGCCUCAGCCACGUGGUGAAGCGGCUGCUGCAGGGGCUCGGGGUGAACCCCGCCGUGCACGAGGUCGCCGACGAGGCCGAGCUCGCCGCGGCGGUGACCGGGGACGCCGGCGGCGAGGCCGUCGUCGCGCUGCCGGCCGUGUUUGUGGGUGGGCGGCUCCUCGGCGGGCUCGACCGUCUCAUGGCCGUGCACAUCUCCGGCGAGCUGGUGCCCAUACUCAAGGACGCCGGCGCGCUCUGGCUCUGAGUCUCUGACUCUGAG